ACCGUCACUAUACGAAAUUAUGCAAAUAUCGACUAUUAACGCCAUCUAGUAGCGCGCGGUAAGAACAGUGUAAUGCAGAAACUCCCAUGUUUAUAUCAUAAUCCGUUCGAUAGAUGUCAUUAGUGUCGAUAUGUCAUUGGUGGGAGAUCACGAGGCCGUUGACAGCAACAUCGUCAUUUUUUCAUUAGAGACAUGGCCGCCGUGAUGUUGAGGUCAAUUCUGUAUUGAACAGUGACAUUUUUUGUUUACCUACGCUUUUCCUGAAAUUAUAAGUAUCUUCAUCAUGCCUCCUAUCAACCCAAGGACUCGUAAAUUUAGAGGAAUUAUUAAAGAUAUUAAUUCCAAAAUUGAAGAAUCUCCAGAAAUAAACGAAACUACGAGUAUUAGAGUUGCACAAGAUCCAAGCCCAAGUUCCAGCAUUACAGGCGUUCAACGUAAACAAUACUUUAGAAACAGAAAUUCUUCAAGUUCUUCCUGUAGCAGCCGUCAGUCUACUCGAGAUUUUUCGCCUGCUUCCGAUGAUGAUAAGGAGUAUAAACCCAGUUCUCUAGAUAAUUCGUCAUCUCAAGAAUCUGACAAUGAAACUCGUACACAAAACAUUAAAUUACCAAAAAAAGUAUGUCAACAACAAAAUUUAGUCAGUGGGUCUCAAUCACAAUUCAGUUCGUACAAUUCACUUACACAAAAAGAAACACUAUCGUCGGGAACUGCACCCGGAUCAUCUAGUUCAUCUUCAUCAUCUAGUUCAUCCACUUCUAGUACGUCUAGUAGCUCUUCUAACAGUUCUUCAGAUUCUGAACAAAAUUCAGUUGCACCAUCGAAGCGGAAAUGUGUUACAAUGAACCAAAAAACAGAUAUUGAAAUAAUAAUAAGCAAAUCAACCGAAUACUUGUCAUCUUUACAACAAAUAGCAUUACAAUAUGAUUCAAAUACUAUUAGUGAUUUGACACCUGAUGAAGUUUGCCAGAAUGACUCUAAUGGACAAACACGAAAAAGAAAGCGCGGCAGUAAAAAGGCUCUUGCAAAAACUUUACGAAAUAUGGGUUUAAAGUAUACAUCUUCGUCUACCAAACAUAAAAAAGACCGUUGCGAAGAUUGUGUUGCAUAUGAAAAUGCAUUACAACCAGAUAAAGAAAAAUUGGAAGAAAAGUAUAUAUCACACUUAAAAGAGAAAGAAUUAAGCAGGGCAGAGAAGUUACGAGACAAGGAAUUUAUCAGUGAGAAUAAUAUUGUAGCAUGUUAUGAUAUGCAAGCCAUGUUACAGGUUCCUAGGGGAGAUGUGUCUUCUUUCUAUUACAAAUCCAGAUUAAAUUGCAUGAAUUUUACAAUUUGCGAACUAAAAGCAGAUAAUACAGACUGCUUUUUUUUGGAAUGA